CUGUGGGCUUAGAGCUCCAUCGGUAGAACGCGGUGUGCGAGAGCCGUCUGCCCAGGGUCCUGUGCGAGGAGGAAGCCAGGUUUGACAUCUACAGGAAGGUGCCCAAGGACCUUACGCAGCCGACAUACACCGGGGCCAUCAUGUGAACGAGCUGUACGUGGAUGAUCCGGACAAGGACAGCGGGGGCAAGAUCGACGUCAGCCUGAACAUCAGCUUACCCAACUUGCACUGUGACUUGGUCGGGCUGGACAUCCAGGAUGAGAUGGGCAGGCAUGAAGUGGGGCACAUCGACAACUCCAUGAAGAUCCCGCUGAACAGCGGGGCGGGCUGCCGCUUCGAGGGCCAGUUCAGCAUCAACAAGGUCCCCGGCAACUUCCACGUGUCCACGCACAGUGCCUCGGCCCAGCCCCAGAACCCGGACAUGACCCAUGUCAUCCACAAGCUGUCUUUCGGGGACACGCUGCAGGUGCAGAAUGUCCACGGGGCCUUCAAUGCGCUCGGAGGAGCGGACAGACUCACCUCCAACCCCCUCGCCUCCCACGACUACAUCUUGAAGAUCGUGCCCACCGUUUACGAAGACAAGAGUGGCAAGCAGCGGUACUCUUACCAGUACACAGUGGCCAACAAGAUUCUUAUUUUUAUUCUGGCGCUGCUUCUGGGAUCAAAACAUGGACAGUUUCCCGGCAGCCAAGGAGUACGUCGCCUACAGCCACACAGGCCGCAUCAUCCCUGCCAUCUGGUUCCGCUACGACCUCAGCCCCAUCACGGUCAAGUACACAGAGAGACGGCAGCCCCUGUACAGGUUCAUCACCACGAUCUGUGCCAUCAUCGGCGGGACCUUCACGGUAGCUGGCAUUCUGGACUCGUGUAUCUUCACAGCCUCGGAGGCCUGGAAGAAGAUCCAGCUGGGCAAGAUGCACUGACCACCUGCCCGCCCGGCCUCCAGCGCCCCGUCUCCUCCUGCCCUCUGUCUGGCCCAGGAUCUGGCUGCAUCCCAAAGUGGGGGUGGGGGGAGGUAGCAGGUGGCUCAUGGCUCCGCAGCUACCUCUCUUCCCCGUGCUUAAUGUUAGACGAAUUACGCUGCCUGAAGUUGUGGUGCCCUUUCCCCUGGGGACCCCCAAGACCAGAGUCAGGCAAGGGGUGCUCGGGGAUGUUGGGGACCACUCCUGGGAGGGCUGUGGGACCAGCCCAGAAUCCCUGUCGACCAGCUCUCAGCCAGGCUUUGACAAUCUCUCAAGCCCCCACCUCUGGAACGCACGAGUCCCUUGGUUUCCCCCUUGGGCAGCCACCCGCAGGCCUGGACUCGGCUCUGGACCAGGCUGCCCAGAGGUACCCCCCACCUGGCGCCUUCAACAAAGGAUGGUACUUCCACCACCACCACCAGAGAUGCGGCGCUGCAGGGGGAGCCCUGGCUUCGGCCGCAUCCUCUCCUGCCUGGCCCAGAGCCCGGGCCGCGAGGCCUCACCCCCACGCCUUUCUCUCUCUCCCGAGGAGCAGAUGCCCAGUCACGGGGCGGUGGUGGGCUCCCUUCCUCAGUUCACCGUGUCCCUCUGGACCCCACCACCACCACCACCAAUGUGCCUCAGCCCCUGCUGUGUGACAGCAGCAUCUCCAGGCGGAGGGGCUGGUUGUGACUGGGAAUCACCCUUCGAGAACCAGACAGGGUUUGUGCGCUGUGGCAGGCGGGGAGCCUCUUUCGCUGCGGCCCUAAAACAGUCAUGUCUCGGCCUCUCCCAGCGGCUGCCAUCAGUCCCAAGGCCUUAGGUGGGGGAAGCAACGCUGACCCACCCCCUCCCCCGUCUGGACGGCCACCUCCCGGCUCCCGGCUCCCGAGGGGCACCGGCCCCGCCCUCUCUGCAGCCCUCAGUUUAGGCCCCUUGCCCCUGAGCUUCCCAGGGGCUGGCCACACACCAGCACGUUCCUGGUCCCUGGGGCAGCUCCAUUGUCCCCCCACUUGCUCCUGAGGUGGGACCCUACCCCUUUCCCUUUAGUCCUAAAAGGGAGGCACAUGGGUCCAGGCGCACGUCCACCCGGGAAUUUCAGGUAUGCCCUGUCCCAGGGAGAGCCAUUGCCGGCUUCCCAUUUAGAUCAAGAUUGUUUGCAUACUUUUGUGAUUAAGGGGUGGCUUGUGAUUAAGGGGCGGCGUGCGGGAGAAGGAGUUGUAACUUAUCUGUCUAGAUAGCUGGAGUCUCUGCCAUUGGUAAUGGCUGGCUCCGGAUUCCAGUAGGACAGCUUCCCCGCUUGCAUAUGUGUUGACUGAUGUGCAUUUGGUUAUUUCUGGUCUCUCUGGCCACUUAGAUGGAUAUCUUUUUUUUUUUUUUUUUUUACAUUCUGUUCCCCAGCGACAAAAAGAGUCCCUUUAGAGGGUGGGCGGGUCAGGCGAGGAAAUGUGUGGGGUGCACAGGCCUCGAAAUUCCACUUCGAUGCAUUUAAAGAAACAACACUCGUGAGGACGUAGGGGAUGUCGGGUUCCUAUGGAAGACACACCUCAGACCCAUUAUUAUAAACAGACAUCUCAAGGGGGGGAAAUGUGUCCGUUCUUUCCCCACUCGUUGGGUUCAAAUAGAUUAAAGGGCUGAUUUUCAGAA